GCGCGGGGCCCCGCGGAAGGUGCCGCGGGCGGCGGGGGCGGCGCGGCGGUGCCCGCAGAAUGGGCGGCAGAGCCGGCUUCUUCGAGGUGGAAAUCCUUGAUGGGGAGACAAAGAAACAGCUAUGCUUCCUAGAUAAGGUGGAACCAAAUGCUACAAUUAGAGAGAUCAGAUUGAUGUUCCAUAAAUUAUAUCCUCGGUGGUACCCAGCAAGGCAGUCAAUAAAACUUGAUCCAAAAGGAAAGUCCCUGAGGGAUGAAGAAAUCCUGCAGCACCUCCCUGUUGGCACAACUGCUACCUUAUACUUUAAAGACUUAGGGCCACAGAUAGGAUGGACUACGGUAUUUUUGAUAGAAUAUACAGGUCCAUUGUUCAUCUAUUUUCUGUUUUAUUUCCGCAUGACUUUUGUCUAUGGACUGGAUGAGAGGUUUACAUCAAGCCCACACCCAGUAGUUAACUUGGCAUGUAUCUGCCAUUCUUUCCACUACAUCAAAAGGUUGAUUGAAACAGUAUUUGUUCAUCGAUUCUCCCGUGGGACUAUGCCACUGAGGAAUAUUGUGAAGAACUGCUUAUAUUACUGGGGAUUUGCAGCUUGGCUUGCAUAUUAUAUCAAUCAUCCUCUUUACACUCCUCCUUCUUAUGGGAAAAAACAGAUAAAUUUUGCUGUGAUCAUGUUUCUGCUGUGUGAAGCUGGAAACUUUUCCAUUCAUGUUGCACUCAGUGACCUCCGGAGAAAUGGAUCCAAAACCUGUAAGAUCCCAUAUCCAACAAAGAAUCCUUUCACAUGGCUGUUUUUCUUUGUAUCUUGCCCUAACUAUACAUAUGAGGUGGGGACCUGGAUCAGUUUCACUAUCAUGACUCAGUGUGUUCCAGUGGGACUGUUCACCUUGCUUUGCUUCAUUCAGAUGACAGUCUGGGCAAAGGAUAAACACUGCACCUAUUUACGAGAAUUCAAGGAUUAUCCAAGUCAUAGAAUGCCAAUUAUUCCCUUUUUGUUGUAAGAAAAGAAGGCUCAAUUUGAAUAUUGCACAGAACUUCAAGAAGAAAACCCCAUAAAUGUCCUGCCAAAUAAAAGAAUUAAUG